AUGGCGUCUCCUAGUCCUAGGCAUGUAUUGUUGGUUGUUGCCGUAUCCUUGUCUCUCUUCCUCUAUUCUCCUUCUCCAACAGAGGCCGCCACUCCAUACGCCCCAUCGCCUUCGCCAACAGCGCACUCUACUCCCGAACUAGUGGAACACGUUUGUAGCCAAACAGACGUAUACGAGUUUUGCAUGAAAGCUCUUAGAUCCGACCGGAGAACUGCAUCGGCGCCCGAUCUUCUUGCUAUUGCCAAGAUUGCCCUCGGUUUGGCAGCGGCCAAUGCAACAAACGUGCGCAAAUACAUCGAGGGAAUGGUGAAGAGGAGGAAUAUGAUCAAGCCCGCCGCCCUGAAAGCCGCCCUUGAAAAGUGUGUUUCUUGGUACGACGCCGUGUUUUAUUCAUUCAGAAGCUCGCUGGCAGAAGUGGAAAUAGAUGCCAUGACAGCAAACUACGAUGCAAUGGUGGCCGGAGACUACGUUCUUUCUUGUGAAAAGGAAGUGUCUUCUCGCGGAGUUUCUGUUCCGUCGAUUUCGGCCAAAAGCGAAGUGAUGAUGCAUUUUGUUAAGAUUGGAUCUACUGUCACAGAUCUUCUUUGGACGUAA